UUGGUACCCUUACCGUUAUUAUUGGUUGGCAGCGAUACCUGGCAACGCCACAAGCUGGAGAUCCGAUAGUUUUUUUGUUAUUUUCAUUGCUUCGGAUAAACAAAGUCAAGAUUUGUUUAUUAUUCCUAAUAGAAAAUUGAUACAGAUCAUUCAACAAAUCCUUAAGUUAAAUAGUUAAGGACAUGAGUAUUAACUGGAUCAAGAUCACCGAAAGAGCCCGUGAAGGCAUAAAAAUCAUCAAUGCCCUGCCCUACGACACCUUCACGACAGUUUUGUGGUACACCCACCGCCAGAUGAGUCCCAGUGGAACGUCUGGAGCGCCGUCCAGUGCCACCAGUACGGUUGGCACCAGUGUGACGACCACUGGGCGGGCGGACAGCAGUGCCGAAGAGAAUCCCACCAGCAGCAGUGAACCGGAGUACACCCUGGAGGAACUGGAGCGACUGGUGGGCGUCCCACGGGCGGACUUCCUACUGCUGAUCAAGACCUUCUCCUACAUUCUGCGACGCAUCUCCACAUUCAUCAUUAAGCCAAGUCUGCUGCAGCGUGAGCUCCGCGAGAAACUCCAGCUGGAAGAUGAGGCCAAGAUCGAUGCCAUAUUGCGUUUGUGGGUGCGCGAGACGACGCCCAUUAUGAACAAUUUGGCCAGCAAGCGAUACGAAUCAAAUGUCAUCGAGGAUGUGGCCUGGAAACUCAAUUUGGAGGUGUCCUCACACUGCCAGCAACGGGAGAAGACGCCACUUGCCGUGCUACAGAUGAAAACGGGUGCCGGCGAGGAUAUCAACAUCGAGAUGACGCAUCCAGAACUACUGGAGCUGUACAAUCAGUUCGAGAACAUUCAGGGCGAGUUGGAUGCCAUGCUAGCCAUGAAGGCUCCAGAUGCGGCAGUGCCAGUUUCUGGCAAUCAGUAGUGAGACCCCAUCGAUCACUUUUAGUGCCAAUUUAGUUGUUAAUCUAAUACCUGUUAAAAAAUAUGGACCUAUAGUAUGCAAUACUAACACGAUAGUAGCCAAAUGUUAAACACGUUUUAAAAUAAAAUUUUGAAUUUGUAAAUUUCCGAUCGUAGCCAAAUGUUAUAAAUAUUAUAAAGAAGAUGUUUCUAAGUUU